AUGCUGCAGACUUCUGUCUCUUCCCAUUUCCAGCUUCAAGUUGAGCAGCUUGAUCCCGACCUAGCCUGCGAACCAGAGCGUCUUGACUUGCUCCUCCAGAGGGCUUGGGCUAUUACCGUUUCGGCAUUCAGCUACACGAAGAAUGUUGAGUUUCUCUACAUUGCUUGUCCGAAGGACGACAUUGAGAUUGCGCAAAAAAUACAGUUCAUUGUUGAUACUGAUCUUCCGGUCAGCGAACUUCAGCCACGGGCGCUGCCAAAUGGGGGAAGCGCUCACAGUCUUCUGCAUUGCGAGAAUAUAUCUAUUCUCCGAAAACAUACAUCGGCCUUUUCAGUUGAAAAUUUCUAUCCGUCUGGAUCUAUUUCAUCGUCGUCCGGAGACCUUGUGGCAUCUUCUGAGGACGGCUCGUCCUCAGCCGCAGUCAGCCCAGUCUUACCCGGCCUCAGUCGCACCUCGUCGCCAGAUUCAAGCUGGUUCCAGAGCACUUCAACCCUUGUUUUCAAAAACGAUGAACUUGAUCAAGACGCAAUGUCGAGUCAAGUAUCAUGCGCCGAUCCAUUUGUCGAGUAUCACGAGGUAGGCGCGACUGCCAUUUUUGAGGGGCUGCACGGCCUUUUACUGAAGUUUAAAAUGCCCAAUUCACCUGUUGUGCAAAAUUCUAGCAUACUGGCUACAUUUGAGGCAGUGAUACACCAGGUGCUUGUAUCUCCUGAAAUCAAAGUAGGAGAAUUGGAUCUGUGCAGCGCGGGAGAUGUUGCUCAGUUGCGGGGAUGGAGCGCGCUCGACGGCCAAUUCGACGGCCCGCGGGAGGGCCUAUUGGAGUGCAUACGGCAUCAUGCAAUGCGACAACCUGGUUCACCUGCCGCAGAAUCCUGGGAUGGAACAAUUUCGUAUUCGGAGCUGGAAGACCUGUCGUCGAAGCUGGCAGCCCAUUUGAUGAAUGUGGGCUUUCGAGUAAAUGCGGAAACCCCGUGCUAUGUGCCGCUUCUAUUUGAAAAAUCUUAUAAAACGGUUGUUUCGGUGAUUGCGGUUGUGAAAACAGGCUGCGCAUUUGUUUUGCUGGACCCAUCACAGCCUCUGAGCCGGCUUCGCUCAGUCUGCGACGAGUUGAACCCGCGAAUCAUCAUUUGCUCUGGUGGCCUGGAAGACGCCGCCGCCGCUCUCGCCCCGAUGAUGUUGUCUCUGGAUGGCGACAUUCGUGAAGCAGCAUGGGCAAAAACCACUUUGGAAGCUCCGAGUCAGUCGAUUGAAGCAAGCGACCGUGCCCUGUACGCCGUCUUCACUUCAGGCUCGACUGGACGGCCAAAGGGCAUCACGAUAAACCACGACGCAUUUCUCUCCUGCGCGCAAGCGUACAUCAAAACCGUGGGAAUGGACAAGAGCACAAGAACUCUACAGUUUGCAUCUUAUGCUUUUGAUGUCAGCAUUUCUGACAUGCUCAAUUCCCUUCUAGUCGGCGGCUGUCUGUGCAUCCCCUCGGAUGUUGAGAGGAUGCAAGAUGUCGCCAAAUGCAUUCGUCGACUGGAGCCAAAUUGGGCAGACCUGACUCCUUCGCUGCUACGUCAUUUGUCCCUGGAGGGUUUGCACACAAUAAAAACCGUCAUUGUCAGCGGCGAAGCUCUUCCUCGCGACGUGGUGGAAUCGUGGGCAAAUCAGAUUCGCCUGAUUAACGUGUAUGGACCUGCUGAGUGCUCUGUCCAGUCGACCUUGUGCAUGAAUGUGUCGCCUGAUAGACCUUCGAAUAUUGGCAAGGCCAUUGUCGGCGCGACAUGGAUCGUGGACCCGUCCAAUCAUGAGAGGCUGAGCCCGAUUGGCGCAAUUGGAGAGCUUCUCAUCGAAGGCCCUCACCUCGGCCGGGGCUACCUGAAUGAACUUGUAAAAACACAGAAAGCUUUUAUCUGCGCCCCAAAAUGGCUAGAGGAUAUACGACGGGUGGGAGAUGAUGGGCUUGACCAGAAUCGGCAUCGGCUUUAUUGCACUGGAGAUCUUGUCCAGUACGAGGCAGACGGAUCUCUUCGCUACGUUGGCCGAAAAGACACACAAAUAAAACUUCGCGGUCAGAGGCUUGAGCUGGAAGAGGUGGAACAUCAUCUACGCAAAACUCUAUAUGCCUGUACCGACGUUGUCGCUGAAAUGGUUGCAAUCAGCCACGGACAGUCAAUUACCAAUACUCUGGUCGCAUUUCUCGCUCACGACCAAGAAAUGCAUGCGACACCAAGCACUGAGUCGCUGCUGAGGACCCCAUCAGUUGAUGUAACCAAUGAAGUUGCGCGUGCUUUGGAAAAGCUUCAGGCUGCCGUGCCCGAAUACAUGGUCCCGAGUUUGUUCUUGUCAAUCACGCAUCUACCACUGACGGCUAGUGGCAAAAUAGACCGGCGGCGUCUAAGAGAAGAAGUGUCGCGUCUGUCAAGAGAAGAGAUGAGAGAGUACAUGGUAGUAGCAGCAGAUGCCACAGCAGAUGGCAAUGCAGAACCGUCUGGGUCUAGCACGGCCGUGGAUACGAUUUCCGAGAUAUUCGCCGCUAUGCUCAACGUCGACAGCGUUAGCUCCUCUGACGAUUUUUUCGCGCUCGGUGGUGACUCGAUUUCUGCCAUGCGAAUUGUCUCUCGGUGCAGGCAGGAGGGGCUCGUGCUAGAAACUGGCGAUAUUCUCAGGCACAGGACUGUCGGCAAGAUUGCGACCGUGGCCAAGCCGACAGCCGCGGUGCCCUCGACCACCGCAGAGGACUUGUCGGCAAUGGAAAGUGAUGUUCUGUUCGACUUGUCGCCAAUUCAGCGCAUGUUCUUCGCAGAUGUCCCGUCUGGCGAUAACUAUUUUAACCAGAGCUUUUUUGUUGAGAUGACUCGGGAUAUUGACCUUGAGCAAGUCUUUGAUGCGUCCAAAGCCCUUGUCCAGCGGCACCCCAUGCUGAGAGCCCGUUUCACAUGCUCUGCCGACGGUGUUUGGAGGCAAAGAAUAAGUAAUGACAUUGAGGCAUCCUUUGUGUGCCAAGAGUUGAAGUUGAACAAGCGACAAGAUGUGACGGAAGCAAUGAACACUGUCCAAAAAGGAUUUGAUUUGAAGAAGGGCCCCAUCUUCUCGCUCAGCUUAAUUCGGAUAUCCGGAGAGGCGUGCCCAUUCCUGUUUAUUAACACUCAUCAUGCGGUAAUGGACUUGGUGUCUUACCGCAUUGUUCUGGAGGACCUGGAGGAGCAUCUGCGCACAGGAUCUCUUGCCCUUCAGGAAGCGGCCAUCAGUUUUCAGUCGUGGUGUCGUGCCCAGGCCGAUUGGUCUCGGCGCCAACUCGAGCCAGAAGUCGUGCUUCCCAGAUGUUCGCGGAUAAAUGCGACCAUGACUAAUCAGUUCUGGGCCAUUGGCCAUGACACAAACACGUAUGGAAAUGCGCAUUGCGUUCCUUUGUUGAUAGACGAGCAUCUCACCAAACAAAUAUUGACAAGAGCAAACGACGCAUUCCGUACCGAGCCUGUCGAAUUGCUCAACACGGCGCUGCUACACUCUUUCUUAGCCGUCUUUGCAGAGCGCCAUCCUCCUACCAUAUUCAACGAAGGACACGGCCGAGAACCCUGGGAUGCAUCCAUUGAUCUGUCGCGCACUGUAGGUUGGUUUACCACAAUCUGGCCAAUCCCCGUCGACUUUGACCAUGAGCACAAGGGAAAUGUUGUGGAUUUAGUCCGGCGCGUCAAAGACGCCAGGCGACAGGUGCCUGGAAAAGGCUUGCCAUACUUUUCGUCGCGGUAUCUGAAUGAAAAUGGAAUCAAGGCUUUCCAAGAUGACCAAAUGGAAAUCGUAUUCAACUUUCAUGGCAAGUUUCAACAAUUUGAACGCAACGAUGGCCUGUUUCGGCAGGUGACGUGGGACUACGAGCCCUCGUCAGACUACGGGCCGCAGACGGUGCUACCCGGUAUAUUUGAAAUCACAUGUGCCAUCAUCCAUGGUCGUCUAAAGUUUGAAUUCAUCUACGGAAAACAUCUGGCUCAUCAAGAGCGUAUUCUUCAGUGGAUGCAACAAUGUCAAAAAUCCCUGGAAUUAAUUGGCGAAGAGCUCUGCCAGCCUUCAGCUAUCGCGCCGACACUGGUCGACUUGCCUGGCAUGGGGUGGGGUUACGACGACUUGGAGGAGCUUGGAAUCGCCUUGAAUCAUGUAAACCUCUCACUAUCAGAUGUCGAGGCUGUUUACCCAUGUUUGCCAAUGCAAGACGGUAUUCUUCUAAGCCGCUCCCGGCAGUCUGCACUCUACCAAACCGGCUCCAUAUUGGAGUUUCGGCAUCGCCAUGGACGCCGUGUCAGCAUCGGCGCCCUUUGUCGGGCGUGGCAGCAGGUAGUCAGUCGGCAUGCUGUCUUGCGUACAGUCAUGAUGCCAGAAAGCUCGUCCAAACGUUCGUUCAAUAAUGUUGUGCUAAAGGCCGGCGCCCUCCCGCUAGCACUCACUACCACUCCCUUCCAGUCAUUUGAUCAAGAGGUGGUUGAACGAGAGAGUGUGUUGGCGUAUUGCCUGAAAUACCGCCGAGGUCUGGCUACAGCGACAUGCUCCCCGUAUCAAAUCACGCUGCUGUUUACGCGAGAUGCUCGCUCCGUUUUCUGUGACGUGACGUUCAAUCACGCAAUUAUGGACGGGUGGUCAUCGACAGUGGUGGUCAACGACUGGGUAAAAGCGUACGAGUCUGGCCUGUCCGAUGAUUCCAUCACAACAUACGGCGACUACGUCUCAUUUGCGCUUGAAAGAACCUCAGGUCUAGACUAUUGGCGAGAAUACAUGGCUCAGGCAGAGUGCUGUCUAUUUCCGACCCUAAUCGACCACGACACAGCUCCCUCUGCCUCUGACGACGUGUACAGGGUUGAUGUGAAAAUUGACUAUUCUGGCGAUACUCUGCGAGAGUUUUGCCAAACUCAUGCCGUGACUAUCGCAAGCCUUUACCACGUCGCUUGGGCGCUGCUGCUGCGAGCUUAUACCGGGCGCGACGAUGUCUCCUUUGGGUUCCUCACGUCCGGGCGCGAUCUGCCUGUUGCUGAGAUUGAGAGAACAGUCGGGUUAUUUGCCAAUCUACUUCCUUGUCGAGUAAAGAUGGCGGAUACUUUGUCCAUGUUGUCGCUUCUCCAUGUGGCACAGUCGGAUCUCGCGGCUGCCAUGUCGCAUCAACAUACGUCGCUGAUGGAUAUACAAGCUGCGCUGGGGCUGAAUGGAGAUGCCCUGUUCAACACUGUGGUAUCUCUCCAAUAUCAAGACUCGACGGAAAUGAAUUCACACAGCAGUGUAUUGAUCGUCGAAGAACUCGAAGAAUUGGACCCGACAGAGUAUGAUCUGGCUCUGAGUGUGUUCCUAAAAGACAAUUCACACAAGGCUUACAUCUCGUACCGUACAGCGGCAGUGUCACCCUGGAGGGCAAAGAAUGUGGCAGACUCCCUCACCCAAAUCAUAUCCCAAAUUGUUGCUUCACCCUGGAAAACUGCGCAGGAGAUCAGCUGCCUCGGUGACUGGCAACAUGCGACUUUACACAACUUCAACCGCAUUGCCCCCAUCGCUGUGGAUGCCUGCGUACACAGCAUGAUCCAGCAGCAGACUCAAAACAACCCAUAUGCUCCAGCAGUGAAUGCCUGGGAUGGCUGUCUGUCGUAUCGCCAACUCGACGAGAAAUCCUCUGCCGUCGCCAAACAUGUCAACGCCAUGGGAUACGGCGUGGGUGACUGGAUCGCGAUAUAUCUCGAAAGAUGCGUCUGGGUUCCUGUGGCUAUGCUUGGUGUGAUGAAGUCGGGUGCCGCAUUUGUUCUCUUGGAACCGUCUUUGCCGGAUGCGCGACUGCAGAAAAUCUGCGACGAAACCAAUGCAGUAGCUAUCCUUACCUCGAUGUCACUGGGCGAAAAAGCACAAAGGAUGCACAGCAGAUGCAUCGAGAUUGACAGCAAGAAGACGCAAAUGCAGGAUACCGGCUACGAUACUGUGUUGUUGCCUCAACCAGGUCCGUCGGAUCCCAUUUACGCCAUCUUCACAUCGGGCUCUACCGGAAAUCCCAAGGGCGUCGUCAUCGAACAUGGAUGUUUUGCCAGCAGCGCCUUUGCCCAUGGAGCAGCGGCUGGGUACACUGCCGAGGCGCGAGUUCUGCAGUUCUCGUCGUACGCUUUCGAUGCCUGCAUGCCAGAGAUUCUCACAACAUUGGUCUCUGGCGGCUGCGUGUGCAUCCCCAGCGAGCACGCCCGAUGGAACGACCUGCCUGGUGCCGUAGCCAGGUUGGCAGUGAACCACGUUUUUACCACGCCGUCCAUGCUUCGCAGGCUUGACCCAUGCAGCUUUCCUGGAGUCAAGACUAUUCUCGUCGGCGGCGAGCCACUCUCUGCACAGGAUACCCAGCACUGGUUUGGCGCAGCUCGAGUAAUCCAGAUGUACGGCCCAACAGAAUGCUCCGCGUACGCUGCGGCAAUCGAGCAGCGCAACGCUUCCAGCGACGUGCGUAACAUUGGAACCCUCCUCGGAGGACGGGCGUGGAUCGUAGACCAGCAAAACCCGCAGGUAUUGGCGCCCAUCGGCGCAAUAGGUGAGCUCGUAAUCGAGGGUCCUAUUGUUGGUCGCGGAUACUUGAACAACCCGAAAGAGACAGCAAAAGCCUUCAUUUCGCCUCCAGAAUGGCGUGACGCCUUUCCCUGCCCACCACAAGGACACCUCUAUCGCACCGGAGAUGUCGCUCAAUACACGAAAAGCGGCUCUAUCCGGAUAUUGGGACGAAAAGACACCCAAGUCAAGCUGCGAGGCCAGCGAAUCGAGCUCGGGGAGAUUCAGCACGCGCUGUACGACGCUCUCCCUGGCUUCCCGCACAUGUUUGUCGAGAUGCUCAAGUUUGAAGACGACCACUUCCCUGCAAUGUUGGUAGCGCUGGUCGGCAAAGAAGGCGACGACAGCAAUACAACAUUGUCCUCGUCCGAUCCCAUUCCUGCGUCGCUUUCAAUGAAUGCUUCUCAGCAAGCCCUAUAUGACGAGGUAAAGCUAAAGCUAUCCCGUCACCUACCUCAUUACAUGGUACCCAGCUUGUUCUUCACCAUCCAUAAGCUACCACGUACAGCCGGUGGCAAGGCAGAUCGAAAAUUACUCCGCACUGAAGCGAUGAAGCUGGCGGAGCAACACCACCGGCAAUGUCCUUCAAAGCCGACCGUCGCCGUCGCCCAAACGCCACAAGAAAAGCUGAUGCUGGCGCUGGUCGGCGAAGCGCUCAGUCGCGCACCAGACAGUCUGCGAAUGAGCGACAAUUUCUUCCAGAUUGGCGGCGAUUCUCUGCGCGCAAUGAAGCUGGCGCAGUUGGCUCGAUCGCGCGACCUUGCUUUAACCGUGCAGGAUAUCUUCCGCGCGCCCCAACUCUCAACCAUGGCAGCACUGGUUCCAAGAGCUGACACGAACCAUGAUGAUCAAAAGGGCAAUGUCAACCAUGUUCAGCCCACGGCCACUUUGACAUGCCCCGCAUUCUCUCUGUUGGAUCGCGAGAGCGCAAAUAAUGCCAUCAGAGUUGCGAUUGAGAAACUAGGUGUUGAUUUCAUCGACAUCCAAGACAUAUACCCCUGCACUCCACUUCAGCAAGGCAUGAUAUUCUCGACGAUGCGCAAGGACAAUGCCUAUGUGGCGCAAAAUGCAUUUUCCCUGGCCAAAGACUGCGACUUGGCCAAGUUAGAGGCCGCAUGGACCCAAGUGUACGAGGCAAAUGCCAUCCUGCGAACUCGCAUCAUCCAAACCGAUGCAGGAACUGUGCAGGUUGUGCUGCGUGACCAAUUUCAGUUGUCCUCCGGGGAUAGCCUAGACGAGUAUUUAUGUGACGACCAGUGUAGAGCCAUGGGCCUGAACGAGCCUCUGCUCCGCGUCGCAGUUAUCCCCAGCAAGGCGCAAGAGAGUGCACGCGACGACAGCACGACAGCCUAUUUGGUCGUGACGAUUCACCACGCCUUGUAUGAUGGCUGGUCAGAAGCGCUUAUUCUGGACCAGCUGGAAGCUGCGUACAGUGGCCAGACACUCCCGCUUCGCCAAUACGCACCCUUUGUCAAGCACAUACAAGACCAAGCCCAUCUUGCCGAGCAAUUCUGGAGCAACGAAACCGCAGCGACAGAUACGCUCGCUGCUAUUUGGCCGCCGACGCCCUCACUAAACUACCAGCCGUCGCCCACUUCGGUUUCACACUGCUUCAUGGACUUCACAGCGGGACACACAUGUUCGGCAUUUACACUAGCGUCGCAGCUGCGACUCGCUUGGGCCAUGGUGCUGCAUCACUUUACAUGCUCAGAAACGGUCUUGUUCGGCGUCAUUACCAAUGGGAGAAGCGCCACCAUGCCGGGAAUCGAAGACGUAACCGGACCGACGCUCGCUACUCUGCCCUGCAAAAUCAACCUCAAAUCUUCCAUGACGGUCGAGGCAAUCUUGUCCAGUAUUCAAGAAACAUGCUCGCGGUCGAUCCCAUACGAGCAGUUUGGGCUACAAAACAUCCAGAAGCUCAACAACGAAGCUUGCCAUGAUUGCAAUUUCCAGAGCCUACUCGUCGUCCAGCCAAAGCCCGACUCGAGUACAUCCAAGCUCCUGCGACUGAUCCAGCCAGAGAGGCAUGUAGCCAGCACCAACACCUUUGAUACCUACCCCCUGACGCUCCAAUGCACCCUUCUGGAUACUGGCGUACAAGUUGAAGCAGCAUUUGACGCCGAGAUCAUCACCGAAGCAAGGAUGCAGCGGGUGUUGCAUCACUUCCAGUACAUCUUUGAUGAAAUCUCACAUGAUAUUUUUCGCCCCGUGGCUGAGAUAAGCUCCAUCACGUCACGCGAUGCAACGAUUCUUGCGCAAUGGUACACUGAACAACUCAAUAAUGAGCCGCAAGAGUCUGCCGCGGUACAUCAACUGAUCGCACGCCACUGCCAGUCCAAGCCAACAGCGGCUGCUAUUUACGCAUACGACGGCCAUUUCUCCUACAGCGACGUCGACUACUUGUCUUCUGCAUUGGCGACUCAGCUCAUACUGGAAGGCGUCGAAGCAGAGUCCAUAGUGCCGGUUUGCAUCGAAAAGUCAAAGUGGAUAGUGGUGGCAAUGCUCGCCGUAAUCAAAGCCGGGGCAGCAUUCGUUCUCCUGGAUCCCUCGACGCAGCCAAUGCAACGGAUGCAGCUGAUUGCCAACCAGGUACAGGCCAAGCUUAUCCUCACGUCUGAAUCGCUACUAUCCACGGCAGAGAAGAUUUCAAGCGGCAAGCUAGUACUAGCUUCCAACUCGGCGCAACUCAUCAGCCCAGACUCGCCCCGUGUCACUUGUCUCCCAGAAACGACUAACAAGGCGAUUUUAUACGUCAUAUUCACAUCAGGCUCAACCGGUGCCCCAAAGGGCGUUGUAAUCGAACACCAUGGAUACGUAGCCGGGGCUCUGGCCCGGCAAAAGGUCACUGGCCUCGACGCAGCCUCCCGCGUGCUGCAGUUUUCCUCGUGCACAUUCGACACCUUCAUCACCGAUAUCCUCGACACCCUCAUCGCCGGCGGUUGCGUCUGUAUGCCCUCCGACACCGCGCGGAGCACCAACCUUGGCGCGACCGCCGCCGCCAUGGGCGUCACAUACGCAGAUCUCGUCCCUUCCGUCGCCCGCCUGCUCAGCGCCAAGGACAUUCCCUCUCUGAGAACCCUGUGUCUCAGCGGCGAGCCCGUAACGGCGAGCGACGUGGCGUACUGGUCUGACAAGGUGCAGCUGUGCAACCUGUAUGGGCCAGCCGAGUGCUCUGCCGUCGCUACGGGCCAUGCCUUUUCCAGCACGCGCCAAGAACCACGCAACAUCGGCCGUGGGCUCGGCGGCCGAUGCUGGGUUGUGAACCCUGCUGAUGUCGAUCGACUGGUUCCCAUCGGAGCCGUCGGCGAGCUUGUUCUCGAGGGUGACAUCGUCGGACGUGGAUAUCUCAGACCCAUGGAGGCUCCCUGCAAUUUCUUGGACGUUGAGCCUGCCUGGAGGGGACGAUUUCCGGGCGGUGCUGACAAGGUGCGCAUGUACAAGACUGGUGACCUGGUGCAGUAUCAAGAAGACGGAGCGCUGCUGUUCGUCGGCAGAAAGGACAACCAAGUCAAGCUCCACGGCCAGCGCCUCGAACUCGGCGACGUAGAGCACCAUCUUCGCCACGCGUUUCCCACAGCACUGGAUGCAAUCGCCACCAUAACCCCUGCCCCGAGUGAGCGACUCGUCGCCUUCAUCGUCACCGGCGAGGCAACUACACAGCAAGGAAUCUCACACCCAACUUCCACUACCGACAGUCCGACUCAGGAGAUCCACAUCACAUCCACCCCAGAGUUCCGUACCAACAUCUCCUCCGCCGAGGCCAUCCUCCGUAGCUCGCUCCCCUCGUACAUGGUCCCAACCGCUUACCUUCCUCUCCCGCACCCACCCCGCACACCGUCCGGUAAGAUCGACCGCAAGCGCCUCCAGCAUCUCGCCACGUCCAGCAUCCUCCGCGACGGCCUCUCCGCAUUUACCGCCCCGCGAUCAAACCACAGUGUAUCCACCGACGCCGAACAGAAACUCCAAGCCAUCUGGGCACAGGUCCUUGGCGUUGAACCCGCGACGAUUGGUGCAGAAGAUGGCUUCCUCGCGCUAGGAGGCGAUUCAAUUAGUGCCAUGAAGGUGGCUUCGCUGGCGACGAAAAGUGGUCUGCUUCUCUCCAUCCCCAAACUUUUCAAGAAUGAGUCGCUCCGAAGCCUAACUGCUGCUACGGAAUCGCAUGAAGCCAGGGCUGGCAUCAUCUGGGACGACGAGACUACGAUUCUCGAGACCAUGGAGGCGGCGCCCAUUUCCACCACUCCACUCAGCAACCCAUCUACUAUCGAAGUCAUACUCACCGGUGCAACGGGUAUCCUAGGGAAACAAGUCCUCCAACAGCUUCUCGCGAGCCCAUCCAUCGCUAGAAUCCACUGCAUCGCAGUCCGCCACCCAAAGACCAUCCCCAGCCACCCCAAACUCACAAUCUACACCGGUGACCUUUCCCACCCGAGCCUCAGCCUCUCCACAGCAGAGGAAGCGGUCCUCUCCCAACACUGCCGCUCCAUUAUCCACUGCGGUGCCCUCGUGUCCUUUGCCCAGCCAUACUCUACAAUGCGCGCCGUCAACGUCACAUCUACCAAGGUCCUCGCCAGCCUCGCGUUGCGGAACAACAUGGCGUUUCACUACAUAUCCACUGCUGGCGUUGGCCAACAUGACGAGAGCGAUGCGCCUCUCGAGGAAGCGUCAGCCGCUGGAAACGCGCCGCCCGUGGAUGGGCAGGACGGAUAUACGGCGACCAAGUGGGUGAGUGAAGUCUUUCUCGAGAAAGCACACACCGAAUUCGGUCUUGAUGUUACCAUCCACCGUCCGUCAAACAUCCUCUGUGUGGGCGAUCCGGGUAAAGACCUCGUCAACAACAUACUCGUGUAUUCGCGUCACAUGGGUGCUGUACCCCGGCUAGAUACCUGGUCCGGCUAUUUCGACCUCAUCCAAGGACACACCAUUGCGUCCAACAUUGUCAAUUCUGUUCUUACCACGCUUGAUGAGCCCGCAGUAGUCGGCCGCAGAAGCAUGGGCGUGAGAUAUAUACACGAAUCCGGCGAGACCAUCUUCCCAGUUGCCGAUCUGGGUGCACACCUCGCCCAAGAUAACCACGAGCCCCUGCAGGCAAUUCCUAUGCAGGACUGGGUUGAAAGAGCCAGAAGAGAAGGCAUGGAGACUAUCGUUGGCGAUUUCCUUUGUAAAAUGGACGAGUCCCGGGAGAAGAUUGUGUUGCCACUGAUUAAGACGAGCCGGCAGUCAUGA